CGCCGCCGCCUCUCCUCCACCUGAUCCUUCUUCUUCUCUUCCGCUGCGCUACCACCGCCGUUGCUUCUUGUAAAGGAGGGGAGGCCGGGCGGCCGGGCGGCGAGCAAGCAAAGAAGGAAGGCGAGAGCGCACAGAGCUAGAUCGGUAAGCCGGCCGGCAAGAUGAGCAAGGAGGCGGCGGUGAACGUGUUCCUUAGCUGCUUCAUGCACGUGGGCCUCGCGUUGGUGCUCCUCGUCUACCUCCCGGCGGCGUCCCUCUGCCGCCUCCUCGCCCGCGUCUUCGUCCGCCCAUUCGCCAGGGGCGAGGACCUCCGCGGCAAGGUCGUGCUCGUCACCGGCGCCUCCUCCGGCAUCGGCGAGCACCUGGUGUACGAGUACGCGAGGAAGGGCGCGUGCGUGGCGCUGGUGGCGCGGACGGAGAUCGCGCUGCGCGCCGUGGCCAAGACGGCGCGCGACCUCGGCGCCCCCGACGUGCUGGUCGUGCCGGCUGACAUCACCAAGGUGGACGAGGCCAAGCGCGCCGUCGAGGAGACCGUCGCACACUUUGGCAAGCUGAACCACCUGGUUGCCAACGCGGGAAUCUGGUCCAGCUGCUUCUUUGAAGAAAUCACCAACAUAACCGCCUUCCACAAUGUCAUCGAUCUAAACUUCUGGGGCGCCGUCUACCCGACCUAUUUCGCACUGCCGUACCUCAAGGCUAGCCGCGGGAACAUCGUCGUCACCUCCUCCGUCGCCGGCAGGGUGCCUACCGCCAGGAUGAGCUUCUACAACGCAAGCAAAGGAGCUGUGAUUCGGUUCUACGAGACCCUGAGGGCUGAGCUGGGGUCCCACGUCCGGGUCACCAUCCUGAUGCCGGGGUACGUCGUCUCCAACCUCACCAAGGGCAAGGGCCUCCAGAAGGACGGCCAUGUCGGCAUCGACGAGGAGGCCCGCGACAUCAACGUCGGGCCGCUGCCGGUGGGCAAGACGGAGUCGCUGGCGGCGGCGGUGGUGGCGAGCGUGCGGCGCGGGGACUACUACGUGACGUGGCCCGGGUGGUACUGGCCGUUCCACAUGGUGAUGUGCGCGGCGCCGGAGCUGGUGGACUGGUUCUCCCGGACGUUCUACGUGUCCAAGUCCGGGGAGCAGGACGGCGGCGCCGCGCUGAGCAAGAAGAUCCUCGAGGCAGUCGGCGGGAAGAAGUUCCUCUACCCCAAGACCAUCCGCUCCCAGGCCGCCAUGGCAGCUCACUGACUGGACUCGAUCGUCAAGGCGCUCGCCACAUAAAUUUAUUUAUAUAUAUAUAUAUAUAUAAACACGCAUGGUCUGUUGUUGUGUUAGUACGGUCGGAAGAUCAAAGGGGCUGGUGAAAUGGGUGCAUGGUGGGUCGACACUGCAUUUUUUAUUCGUUUUAUUUUUCAGUUUUCUCUUGUUUUCUUCUCUCUUUUAUUUACAAUUUACAAGUGAUCCAUGUGAUGUGAAUUAAUAGGAAUGUUGUUUAUUGGUGGUAUAUGGGCCCUGCGUUAAAAGUCGGGUCUAGAUGCAAAUUGCAAAGUUGAUGUAUCUAAACAACCACAUUUAUUGAUCUGAAGCAGCUAAUAAUGUGGUAUCAACAAGUA